CUGCACUCAAAGAACGACGAUAUGAGGGUGCACGGAGGUGUUGCAGCUCACAUUUGAUCCCUUAACUAUGGAGGGGGAUUUGGCUUGGGGCACUGCUUUGCUUGGCAGUGCUCUUGGUCUAAGAUUAUAUGGAUGUUCUGAAGAUAGUCCAUAACAAUGUCCUCAAAAACCAAAUUCUAGACGGCUAUAUCAACAUUAGAAGCCACCAAACUCUGGAUCCUAUAAUAGCACCCUCAGUGUGAGAAGGUACAGUUUCCCAUCGUCACUCCCAUAACCGGCCCCUCUGUCAGUUUUUGCCUAGGACCCCAUGCCAAGCCCAUUGCCGUCUGCGUGUACAGGUUAUUUUUUGGACGUUGAUCCCGGUGUUUUCAUCUAGGAUAGUGACACAGUUGUUGUUCACGACACGAUUGUGAUGUCUUCCCUCCCGCCAGACUCAGUGAUCUCAACGUCGUCCACUGUCACAUCCGUGCUCUUGUAAAUGCCAAUGUGAGCUUCGAAGUUAUGCCUUGGAUAUGUACAUCCUUAACCAUAUGCAUUCUACAGACGUGUAUCAAAGAAGGAUUAAUCUCGAUCAAAUAGAUUUAACUCCCGUCUCCAUUUUGAUAGAAGAAGUUUUGAGUUCAAAACUCAUGUAAGAUAGUUGUUGAAUAUUAGUUUUUCUCGAUGAACACAGAAAACUCAGUACCGAAAUUGAAAGAAAAUAAGAAAGUUGCUAGAACGAGCUAAAAUCCUACCAGCCGUUGGAUCUCAUUAAUUCAGAUCCAACGGUUACCAGUAUGGUCCCGCAUUCCUCCCGCAAAUGGAAAAUUGCUGCAAAUUACAAAUCCUCCCAACUCUACAUACGGUUGUCCCUGUCUCUCUCCCUCUCUAUCCGAAAUGGGUUUAUCUGCUCCAGCCAGUGUGAACAGCUCUCUGGGAUGGAAGUCUUCGAGCUUGUUCGUGCAGUCUGGGGCAAGUUCUACUUGUGCUACUCUCAGUGGUUCCAUGGCUUCUUCUAAAAGAAAAUGUGCCCAAAAGAAAGUUUCUGUAACCUGCUCAUCUUCUGAUCCACUCCUGGUUAAGGCUGCGAGAGGAGAGCCUGUAAGUCGGCCUCCAGCAUGGAUGAUGCGCCAAGCAGGAAGGUAUAUGGCCAUUUACAGAAAGCUUGCAGAGAAAUAUCCAUCAUUCAGAGAGAGGUCAGAGACAACUGAUCUCAUUGUGGAAAUUUCUUUGCAGCCUUGGGAAGCUUUCCGUCCUGACGGAGUGAUUAUUUUCUCAGACAUACUUACCCCUCUACCUGCAUUUGGUGUGCCAUUUGACAUAGAAGACAUUCGGGGUCCUGUGAUUCAGUCACCAAUUGUUUCUGAAGAGGGUUUGAAGACUUUGCAUCCAAUUGACUUGGAUAAACUUCAGUUCGUGAGGGAAUCCUUAAAGAUAUUGCGGCAGGAGGUUGGAGGGCAUGCUGCUGUUUUGGGUUUUGUAGGGGCACCUUGGACGAUUGCUACAUACAUAGUAGAAGGGGGUUCAACUUCCACAUAUACAACAAUAAAGAGCAUGUGCCAUACAGCACCACAUGUAUUGAGGGCUCUUCUUUCUCAUUUGACGCAGGCAAUAUCUGACUAUAUUGUUUUCCAAGUAGAAGCAGGGGCUCAUUGUAUACAAAUAUUUGAUUCAUGGGGUGGGCAACUACCACCAAGCAUGUGGGAUAGCUGGUCGAAGCCAUAUAUUCAAGAGAUCGUGAGUUCAGUUAGGAAAAGAUGCCCUAAAACACCACUUGUUCUCUACAUUAAUGGGGAUGGCGGCCUUCUUGAGCGUAUGAAAGGAACUGGAGUAGAUGUGAUUGGGCUUGACUGGACGGUGGACAUGGCAGAUGGUAGAAAACGAUUGGGUAGUGAGAUCAGUGUACAGGGAAAUGUGGACCCUGCUUACCUAUUUUCUCCUCUUCCAUCCCUGACUGAAGAAAUUCAAAGGGUGGUGAGGUCUGCAGGGCCAAGGGGACACAUUCUCAAUCUAGGGCAUGGUGUUCUUGUACGGACACCUGAAGAAUCCGUUAGACAUUUCUUUGAAGUUGCAAGAAGCUUGAAUUAUGACACAUUUCUACAAACACAAACACCGACCGAAGGAAUUGGUAGUUUAGUGAUAUAAUUUAAUGUGAGACAAUUCAGCAAUUUUGCUUGACAAGUUGGCUUUUGGUUGUGAGUUCACUUCCAAUUAUGGAAGCAUCAUGCUCGAUUGCUCUUUACCUCAUGUAGUUGAGGGUUCAAAAGAGCUCUAAGGUUCCCAACAUGCUUGAGGGUGAGCUUACUUCUCAUAUUCAAUUAUUUUUGUAAUAAUGAUAGCUGGGAUGAAUAAAUGAACUUGUUCUUGUUGUA